AGCUGUCUGGAAUGCCCCUGGCUUUCUACUCUGGGAUGUAUGCAUAUGCUGGUUGGUUUUAUCUCAACUUUGUGACAGAGGAGGUUGACAACCCAGAGAAGACCGUUCCACUGGCCAUUUGUAUCUCCAUGGCAAUUGUGACCGCCUGCUAUGUGUUGACCAACGUUGCGUACUACACUGUGAUGUCAGCAGAGGAACUCCUAGCCUCAGAGGCUGUUGCUGUGACAUUUGCAGAGAGACUCUUAGGAAACUUCUCAGUUGUUGUCCCGGUGUUUGUGGCCUUGUCCUGUUUUGGUUCCAUGAACGGCGGCCACUUUGCUUUAUCAAGAAUGUUCUAUGUAGCUUCACGUGAAGGGCAGCUUCCUGAGGUCCUGUCUAUGAUCCAUGUCCGCAGACACACUCCACUGGCUGCUGUCCUUAUACUGUAUCCCAUGACCAUACUCCAGCUGUUUGUGGGGGACAUUUACAGCCUUCUUAACUUCAUGAGCUUUCUGCGGUGGCUGUUUAUUGGUGUGGUGGUUCUGGGUUUAAUCUACCUCCGAUAUACCAAACCAGAUCUCCCCCGACCCUUUAAGGUGCCGCUCUUCAUCCCUGUGGUGUUCUGUUUGACAUGUUUCUUCAUGGUCUUCCUGUCACUGUACUCAGACCCAUUUAACACAGGGAUUGGAUUCGCCAUGUCCCUCACUGGCAUCCCUGCCUACUACAUUUUUAUUUACUUCAGCAGACCAAGGUGGCUUCAAAAAGCUUUAGAUUCCUUCAACAGAACGAUGCAGAUCAUCCUGGAGGUAGUACCUGCUGACCAGUAAUAGUGGACAGUUUGGUUUCAGCUGAGGAAUGAUGAAAGACACGUCUUAUGUCAAAUAUGGCUGAGUUAAAAUCUUUGUAUAGAUGUUUGUUUUUACAUUUAUCAUUUUGUAUUUUGUGUUAUAUUUUAGUUUAGAGUAAAAAUUUGUCAGUAAUUAUGUGAUAUUAUAGGACCUUCCAUGCACURAAACACAAUAAUUGCUAAUGGGUUUUUUACAGUACUUCUUAGAAUGAUUUAUCUCAGAAAUUAGCAAUAUAAACUUUAAGUCUAAAUAACCACAUACUCAUAUUUUUAUUUAUUAGUUUUAUUGACAAUUUAUCAGAAAAUAAAUGUCUUAACAUGAAAAUUUUCUCCAAGCAAUUGGUCAUCAUAUCUCCCAAUAAAAGCGUAUGAACAUGCA